CUUAUUAGGUACUGUUUGUCUUCCUUAUAUAGCCCUGUGGUGGGGCUUAAAGUUACCGGCAAGUCCACAAGACAGGCUGGCCAGAUCUCAGAGGAGCCCAUCCAGCUAAACUUAACACUGCAGAACUGCUGCCUAAUUCACAGAAACCAUGAGUAAGACUACUGCUGAAGAUAAGAUCAAAGAUGGGCUGGAUCAGUUGAGAUGCCACUUUACGUGGAACUUGCUCAUUGAAGACACUGAAAUGACUGAUUUAGAAAACAGGGUCUUCGAUGAGAUUGAGUUCCUAGACACCAAAUACAAUGUGGGAAUACACAACCUUCUGGCCUAUGUGAAACACCUGAAAGGCCAGAAUGAGGAAGCCCUGGAGAGCUUGAAAGAAGCUGAAGACUUAAUCCAGCAAGAACACGCCAAUCAAUCAGACCAGAGAAGUCUGGUUACCUGGGGCAACUAUGCCUGGCUGUGUUACCACAUGGGCCGACUGGCAGAUGCCAGGAUUUACCUGGACAAGGUGGAGAAUACUUGUAAGAAGUUUGCCAGUCCUAACUGCUACAGAAUGGAGUGUCCUGAUAUGGACUGUGAGGAAGGAUGGGCCCUGCUGAAAUGUGGGAAAAAAAAUUAUGAACGGGCCAAGGCCUGCUUUGAAAAGGCUCUGGAAGUGGACCCUGAAAACCCUGAAUUCAGCACUGGGUAUGCAAUCGCCACCUAUCGUCUGGAUAGCUUUAACAAAACAACACAGAUCAGUGAGGCAUUUUGUCUGCACCCCCUAAAAAAGGCCAUCAGGCUAAAUCCGGAAGAUGCAUAUAUUAAGGUGCUCCUUGCUGUGAAGCUUCAGGAUGUGGGACAAGAAGCUGAGGGAGAAAAGUACAUUGAAGAAGCACUGACCAGCGAGUCCUCACAGACCUACGUCUUUCGCUAUGCAGCCAAGUUUUACCGAAGAAAAGGCUCUGUGGACAAAGCUCUUCAGCUCUUAAAAAUGGCUUUGCGGGCAACACCCUCCUCUGCCUUCCUGCAUCAUCAGAUGGGGCUUUGCUAUAGAACACAAGUUUUUGAAAUAAAGAAAGCUACAAACUUUCAGCCUAAAGGACAGGAUAGAGAGACUGUUGACAAAAUAACAAGAUUAGCCAUAUCUCAUUUUGAAUUUGCUCUGGAGCAAAAGCCCACACUUGAAAUUGCUUAUAAACACCUGGCAGAUAUGUACAUAGAAGCAGGCAACUACGGAAAAGCUGAAGAUACUUAUCAAAAAUUAUUAUGCUUGAAAUCACUUGAAGAACAAAACCUGCAAGAGAUAUAUUUCCACUAUGGCCGAUUUCAGGAAUUUCAAAGGAAAUCUGAAGUCGAUGCAAUUAUCUAUUAUUUAAAAUCAAUAGAAGUAGCAAAACCAUCAUUUACAAGGGAUAAAAGUAUCAGUGCUUUGGAGAAACUGGCUUUAAAGAAACUUCGGAGAAAUACCUCAGACAUAGAAAGCUUGAGCAUCCUUGGGUUCAUCCACAAAUUGAAAGGAGAAAUAAAUGAAGCCCUGGAGUAUUAUGAGCGGGCCCUACGGCUGUCGGCUGACGUUAAGAACUCUGUGGGAUAUGAUUGGUAGGCGCUGAAAUAUGAAACAAUUUCAUAUUUCAUUAGAUUUUAGGUUAACAUGUACUAAUCAUCUUUUCUGCUUGCUGCUUUCAGAAACAUGUAAUUCCCUGUAAUGAUGUAAUGUUUGGACAGUUAUUCAAACCUGAUAAUAUGUUAGUUGUAUUCAAAAGAUAGUGAAACAGUAAGUAUUUCUGUGUGUGAGAGAGGAAGAGAGAGAGAAUCCAUUUCUCUGUGAAUGUUAUAUAGUAGAAAUAUCAGUUUGUUAAGUAGAUUUAUAGCAAAUAAAACACUGCACUUACAUAAAGUAAAAUGAUUGAUUCAUUUGAUCAACAAAUAGUUUUCAGUGCUAGACACCAAAAAUACUAUGGUGACGCAGGGGAGGAAAAGUUCUAUUUCCUCUACCCAUCUUAGGUUCAUUGGCUGGGGCCCCAUAAAUUAGAGUGACAAUAGACAGAUUAACAAGAGAAAAAUAAAAUUUCACUAAUAUGUGCAUCUCACAUACACAUCAGAGUACCCAGUGAUGAGUAACUCAAAGAGGUCAUUAGAAUGUAGGCUUUUGUAGCAUCCUAACAAAUGAACAAUAAAUUUUUAGAGAAGUGAUAAGACAAGAAAAAGAACUUUGAGUUUCUAGGGUGGCAAUUUGUAGAAAGGUAGAUAUAUGGGGAAAACUAAAAAUAACCGUUUGUUACUAAGGUUUGUUAUGUAGAUUCCUCUGGCAGUGACUCUGGACUGAUAAGUGCCAGUAGUUUUCUCAGGUGAUUAACUCUGUAUUCCCUGGUAGAGAGGAGACAGGGGACACCUUCACAAAUUUGUGGGCUGCUUUUAGGCAAAUGGGGGAUGGCAGAGAGCUUUUCUUAUAUCUGCUUUUCAAUUGCUUUCUGCUCAAAAUAAUUCUUAAUGCCCAUGUAGCAUAUUUGGGGGUGGCAUAUUCUGCUUCUCUUCAGUGAACAACGCAGACAUUUUCCCGAAACCUCAUGUAGUUUACAAUCUAGUGAGACAGACACUAAAACAAGUAGUCAGUCAAUUAAAGGUCAGCUUGCUCCAUGAAUAUGUUUGAAAUCUAAUACAUUGUGAGUUGUUCCAAGCAGUUUCUCUUGUAUUGUGCCAGUUUGUCUGAAGCGCUAUUUAUUCAGUCAUUUGCUAGUAUUGAUCUAGUUAGAGCGAAAAAUAUGAAACGGAUGCUAAAUGAUCUGAGAGACCAUCUGUGGCAAUCAUCUUUCAUUAUGACAUUUUAUUAAAAGGCAAUACACAGUAAUAUUUUUAAAAAGGAAAAAUAAGAAAGCAAUGUUAUUGUUUUUUCAUUGUUAUAUGUUUUUGGGGAGGAUAUAUUAAUUUUCUAUUGUGGCUAUAACAAAUUACCACAAACUUGGUGGCUUAAGAACACACAGAUUUAUUAUCUUACAGCUUUGUAGCUUAGAAGUCUGAAAUAGGUUUCACUAGACUGAAAUUAAGGUGUUGGCACAGUCAUACUUCCUCCAGAGAUUCUAGGGGAUAAUCCUUUUGUACCAGCUUUUAGGCUCCCUGCGUUUCUUUGUGGGAACCUCUGAUCUUUGUGGGAACCUCUGAAUUUCCUUGAAAAUCCUCAAGGAAUUUUCAGAAAUAUUGGUCUGGGCUUUGGAUUGCUACUGAAAUUUUAUAGAAAUUAGAGUGAGCAAAAUUUAUAUCAUUGCAAGGCAGGUGUUAGAGUUACAUAGAAGCAAUCUUCCCAACUUUCUUAUCACUAAAACAAGAGAUUUAUUAGAUUUCACAAAGACAAUACCUUAAAGUGUUUGUGUUUGGGGAAGGAGGCUAUAUGGUUCUAAGAUUAAUCUAACCACUGCCAAGUCUCACAGAGUCAGAAAUAUUAAAAAUAAAUAAUUGUUGGAUUGGUCAAUACUUUAUUAGGCAACUCUUCCCAGGCAUUGCUGUGCAUCAUUUGCUUCCAGAAAGCAGAGCUAAUAAAUGCAAAGCAAAUCUCAGGAUUAUGAGUG